GGUCUGCAACAAUUGCGGCUCCAUGGGCCAUAUCGCCGGCAUGUGCAAAGAGGAGUUGCACCAGCUGUGGGAAAGUGGGGCACCUGAGUAUGAGAAAGUGGCGAACCAAGAUUUCUACCUUGCGGAGUUUGCACCAGACGCAGGAGGAGCGGUGAAGUACACUUUCGAAGACCGGAUCAUGUUCCAUGGCGAAACAUGCCUGAUCUACAAGCACAUCCAUGGCCGACACCCCAAGGUGGCCGUGCUGAUCCACGACCACCAGCCUGUGGUGGCAAUUGACCGGGAGCUUGUCUGGCGCGAGGACGGACAGGUUGUGGCAAUUGUCUACAGCUAUGCCACGACGGGUGAAACGAUCACGGUCAAGACGUACUUCUGCAGUGAGCGCAUCACGAACAAGGUUGCCAUGGACAGGCUGCUGCAGUACAUGGUGAGAAGGGAUCUGUGCAGCCGCGGGACACUUCUGAAAAUGGACAUCAGAGGCGACGGCCAAUCAGCUGGUGUGGAAGCCCGCAGAGUCCUAGAUCCGCGGCAAGCAGCGGAAGGCAAACGAGAUCAAGCUGGAAGGUGUUUCAUCAAACUAACACUGCCUCUUCAAUCUGAACUGCACGCCUUUGAACACAAUGUGUCCACCUGCUUUGCCCUGCCGUUGUCAUUCAUGGCAACGCCCGUGGGAGCCAUGGACCAGGGCGCCCCUGCUGCCGCUGAUGAUGUAUUCGGCGCGGCGCGCGGCAUGGCGGUGGUUCUGAGCGCCGCGGCGACCGUCCACACGGUCGGUUGCCCCAUCCUGCGCCGAGCCAUGUUGGAGACAAGCGGCGACGUGCGCACGCCCCCAAGCACCGAGCCCCCGUCACCAGCCGAAGCGACGUCGCAAGCGACGAGCAGCACAGGGGACAGGCGAAGUGAAGCACGCGAGCUGAGCGACGUCAGGAGCAAGUGCCGCAUGGACACGCAAAAACUGGUGGACAAGACCUGUAACAACUGCGGCACCAUGGGCCACAUCGCCAAGGACUGCCCCUCCCCUGCGCAAUGCCAUUGCUGCGGAGCCACGGUGCAUGAAAUUGCAGCCUGUCCUCAUCGGGAAAAGACCUGUGAGAACUGUGGCAAGGGGGGACAUUUGAAGAAGAAGUGCAGACAGGAUAAAGAGAAUGAACCACCGCGAGGCAAGGGAAGCACCAAGGGCAAGGGCAAGGGCUUAGCGAAGACGUGCAAGAACUGUGGUGUGCAGGGCCACCUGCUGCGUGAUUGCCAUGAACCUUCUCAAUGUCAUUGCUGUGGAUCGACGGUUCAUGCAGUGGCAGAGUGCCCCAAUCGAGAGAAAAGUUGUGAGCUUUGUGGCCUGGGCACCCAGUGUAGGUAA